ACAAUUGUUGGCCUUUUUGUUUUGCGGCUCGGCAAAGUUUGCGUUGGAAUUUUAUUAAUAAAUGAAGCCCAGGAAUGCCAAACAGUGCCAAAAAGUCGGACUCCUCGCGGAGCAAUAGCUCGACUCCACGAAGACCGCGAAAGCGGCGUCGCGGAGAACGCCAUAGUCUGGACUCGCAGGUGGACGAGGAUGUCAAGGAGAUCGAUCGCCGGCUGCGGAAAGUGGCCAAGGAUAACUCCAUAAGCACGGAGGACAUGCAAAAGGUGGUGCGUAAGGUGGUGCGCAACGAUCAUGUCCUGGCACUGGUCACCCUGAAAGCGGAAGACGAAUUGGCGCGGGAGAAGCUGGAGUCGGCGGAGCAACAGAAACGGGGCGCCAUCAUCAUUACGGACACUCCGUCCGUACCGAAACUCACGAGAGCCAAGGCUCGAGAGCUGAACUGCACUCCCGGCAUUUCCCUGCCCCAGCUCAACGAAACUCCGGUCGACAAUGAUGGCAUAGAGGCUUUGAUACGCGAAGAUUUGCACUCGGAUGAAGAGGACGAGGAGUACACAUUCAAGGAGGAAGACUUUCAUUCGGAUGAUGAUCCCAAUACUACAGCAUCGGAUUUCGAUUCCAAUCCCUGCACACCGCAAACUCCGCUCACUGCCAACGAGGAAUCUCCUGUCAAAUUCUCCGAUGACGGUUGCUUCAAGGUGCCAUUCGAAAAGGGUCUGCUCGACAAAGACGACCUGCGUAUAUCCACCAGAACGCGCUCCAAAUUCUGUCUGCAGCAGACAACCAUCGAGGAUUUGCAGUCGGAAUUUGUGCCGCCUGACGUAGAGCCCAGCGAUGUGGUGGAGAACGAUAUGACCGCCACCGAUGCGGACUGGAUGCAGUUUCUCAAUGACUUUACAAAGCCGCUUAGCAACACUGUUCUGGGCGACGACGAUGAUCCCAUCAAUGAUCCGGAGUAUGAUGCCGCUGAUCAUUUGGAAUCGGAGUACGAGAAUGCCGAGGAGCUACGCGAUGUAAACAUAUCCAAAAAGGAGUUGACUGACCUGGUCUCUGAACUGUUUGCGGGCUUGCUGCAAGAGGGUGUGUCUCUGGAAUCAAUUGAAUUGGAAACCCCUCAAAAAUUCAUGGAAAGUGCCAAUGUGUCUAUGGCUCCCAUUGAUCAGGUUACCCGAAAUAUCGAUUUUGAAGGUCAGGUAAUGGUCAAUGAUCAUCAGCAGGAGCUACAGGUCUUCCAACCAAGUGUGAUACCCCCUCCAUGUGAUGGAAACCAUAUGAGCAUGGUGAUGCCCGUUCCCGUGGCUGUGAUGCAGGAGGGAAAUCUGGAAAGUGGACCCGGAGGGUCGCCCUGCAAGGUGGUGAAUAUACCAACGGAUGCUUUGAGUGAACCUCCCGAACUUAUAGCUGUUCCAAUACCUGGACAACCAAAUUGCUUCCAACUGGCAAAAGUUGUGGCUAAUGACUCCUCCUAUAUAAAUCCUCCAUUGACCGAAGAAACGCUCCACAAUUACUCUAUCCUAGAGGCUGUGCAUCCACCCAUUGUAACGAAUAGCAAUGAAGACCGCUACAAAAAACCAUUUGACACCAACUUCACCUGGGAAUACAUCUCGGUAAAGAAACACAUUUACUCGGAGUAUGAGGAUCAGUUUGAAAACCUGCGUAACGUGCAGCCAGCUAACAUCAAUCACCUUGCAAGGAGCAGGGGAUUUACAAAGUCCCAGCAUGAUAUGCUUCAGCAACAGCUUCGCAUUCACACCCAAAUGCUAAGCCAGAGUUAUCUGCAAACCUACUCCCACCCAACGUUGUAUCCCAUGGCCCAGAAGCCCAGGGAAAUGCUGGAGGAACUGCACAAAAAGGCAAUCAAAGAUGCCAGCUUCAAUUGCUGGAACCUAAAUGAGGCUAUCCAACUGGUUAGGAAGUGGGAGCACGAUCUGUGCAGUGAUGAGUUUAAGGAGGAGAACGAAAAGAUGAUGGAGUUCAUCAACAAGGAAACCGAAUUGACGGAUGGCCACACGCGACAGGUUCCAAGAUUGGCACCCCGCAUCAUGGAUCUCAUGCUGGAUAGCCAGGUGUUUAUGUAUCCUCAGUACCUGCCCCGCAUGGCCUUUCAACCGAAACUGACUCAAGUCACUGCCUAUGCGCCAUCCGAGUAUCAGCUUAUUGCCAUUGGUCUGGAGAAGCACAUGGAGGUCAUUGGGAAAGCGAAGAGAUCACUUCGCAAGGGUGCUGAUCCCAUUCGAGUUGCGUGCCGGCGAAUGGCCAAGGAUACGAUUCAUGGCAAGACCGCCCGUCGGAUUUUCAUGAAGAUCACUGAGCUGCGCAACUCGAAACAGUAUAAUCCGGUGAAAUACUUCCUUGACCGCCAGCGAGCACCGCCCACGAACCACAUUCUGUGGGGAUUCGAAGGUGGACUGGUCAGAACUCCGCGAGAACGUCACCAGGAGCUGCCCAGUGGCUGGCAAUACUACAUCGAGAAAACCUGGGACCAAAAGCGCACCCGCCGCCAUUUCAAGCCCUCGAAAGCGUCAUCGGAAGCCAGUGCCUCGUAUCUGGAGUUUGUGCGCGAGGCUGUCGGCGAGGAUUUGGUGCUGCCGGAGAGUUUUGGCCAGGCGGCGGUGCCCAAUGGCAGUGCCGCUGGCUCGGAGCCUCCCAAGGAUUGCAAAGCGAGGAAAAAGCCAGCGCAGAGGAAGCCCCGCCCUGCGGAGAAUCACUCCCUGCUCACCAUCAAUGUGAACUAUGUGUUUGGUGGCGAUGCGAACGCGGGAAACUACUUACCACCCGGAGGAGUCUCGGGCGUAUCGGUGCCCCUUGUGUCCGGCGGAAGUCUGGCGGACAAUGUGCUGAAUAUCAACCGCAGCCUGUACACCAGCGCCGAGUGCAGUGGUCUCCUGGCCCUGCCACCCGCUCCUCCGCCCCUGGCCGAAGAUGCCCCGCCAGCCAUCAACUUCAGAGUAGACGAAUCCACGCACACCCUGCAAAUCUGCGAACUAGAGGACUCCCGCGAGGCAGUACAGCCGGAUCUGUUGCCUGCGCCGGAUAGCAGUGCCUCUUCCUUUGCAGGCAGAAACGCCAAAAGGGCGCGCUAUCAAAUAUUCAAGCCAACCAAUAAAUCGUCGCGAAGGGGAUCAACGCCAGGCCGCAGUCGCUACCACAAAUUGCGCGAACGUUUGCGCCAUAAACUCAGCAAGCGCUGCCAUUCGCUAAUCACUACCUACGGAUCCUACCUGCGUGGACGCAGGGACAAAUAUAUAGCCUGCGAGUUGGUACAGCUCGUGCACAUUCGUUUUGUGGCCCUCGAACUGUACACCCAACUGCUGGACGAUCUGAAGAUGUUCUGCAGCACCACCACCGCCACGACUAAAAGUGCAACGGCAACGCAGCCGAAGAGAUCCAGGAGCGAUGACGAGGCGGCCAAGCUCAAGAGGGCAAAUCGACAGGAGGAGAUGCUCCGACACAUGCUCCAGCCGGAUUCCCCAGAGGAGCGCAAUCGCAAAGAUGCCAUUUUUGCGCUUAACUUUUACGACAAAGUGGAAGAGGCCCUGCUGAAUGCCGAUCGCCUGGAUGAUUGCAGAAAAUUCAAUAGCCUGUUGCAGAAUUAUGAUCCCAGGCAGGAGAAGGUUUCAUCUCUAUAUCUGAAAGUGGAAAAAAUCUUGCUUCCCGAUCACCCAGAACUGGCAGAGGUGUUCCUUAACUUUUUGCUACCUGCUGAGGCCGCUGAGAUAGGCAAAUUCUUUGAGCACUUUAUGAUAACCAAUGCCACCAACUUUAUCAACAAACUGAACAUUUACUUUAACAAGCAGCCCGCACAGAUUAGAAAGAUUUAUGCCUGCCUUAGCGAAUUGGCUGAAUUGCCUAACGUGAGCAUGAAAAAGGUCGAGAAUAAGAUAAUGCCCUUGCUCAAGGGCAAUCAGUUUCUGGCCGAUUGGUUUGUGCAGCAAUUUCCUCAAGGAAAGCCCCCGAAAAGAAUCCUGUCUCCCGUGGAGACUAUAAAUCUGCAUGAUGUUCAGAACAACACUUCGGGAGAAUAUACUGAAACAAUUCAGGAGUUUUUGGAUGUGCCUACGACAAGUAAACCUGGUUGUCACCUAAAGUACAUUAAUGGCCGAAUUUUCUAUGGAGCCAAGAUCCUGCUGCCGGCCAAGCUUUCGUUUAUGGCUGCUAGUAUUUACAAUGAACAAACGCAUGAAAUGCCAAUGACUUCCGAUGAAUCCCUGACCUGUGCCCAUGGGAUUCGUGCUCAGGGAGAGAAGCUCCUAAGUAUGGCUGCCAAUACAGAUAGCGAUGAUGCUGCCGAUCGGAGUGAGGAGGAUGAUGCCAGUCGUGCGUUGGUUAUUGACACCACGGGCGAUGAGCAGAACAGCUGCUCAUCCAUCGAGAUGUGCGAUGAGGCGGGCUUGAGAGCGCAUGCAAUCCGAUUGAACGCCAGUUUGUAUACCAACUCCAGCUUUAGUAAUGCCGCAACCAGUACGCCCAAUGUGGGCAAUUCUCAUGGACACCAUCACCCGCACGCCAAGAAAACUGCCAUCAAUUUUGGUGAAAUAUCACCACGCAGGCAAUCGGCAUUUAACAACUCGGGAUUAAGUCCGUUGUCGGGAACAAUCAAUAGUUCUCCCCAUGUAGACAAACGGAAGUCACCCACCAAGAAGGUGCGAUCGCCUCUUAAUCCAACUCAGGGUAGGCAGCGCACCAAUAACCAACCCAUGGUCGUGAUCCAUGAGUCACAGCCUUCGUCCUCGCCUGCCAUUGAGUGUGCCAAGCGUUUGCGCACGUUGAUCGAUCAGGAAAGUGUCCGAGAUGCGGCUGAUACAAAGGCGGGUAUACGGAUUAUUGCCCAGGCCAAGCAGCAGGCAUCAACGCCAACCAUUAGCUGUAGUUCAGUACCAGUAGUUGCAAAAAUUGAGGUGGACAGCCUGGAGGAGACAGCCGAGAACCCUCCAGCUUUUAUGCCUCUUAAAAUGGAUCUGGAUCAAUCGGAGGAGGAGCUGGAGCCGCUGCAAGUGAGUGCGGGAAAUACGCCGCAGCAUAUUAUCACCACACAAUUCGACAGCGACGAGGACUGCAAGCUGGAUGUAGUGGCCACGCUGGCCAACUGUUCUCCCACCGAAGAUGCAGCAGCCACAGCUUCUGGAUCAACUGCCAGCACGUCGCAAUCUGAAUCCAGUAGCUCCCACUCGGCUCCCUGGACGCGAGAAGAGGACAAAGUCAUCCUCAUCGAAAUGAAAAUGGGGGCUCGCGACAGAGAGCAGCUUAUCCGUCGUAUAUGCGCCAAGCUCAAGCAUCGCAGCAUCGGCGAACUACGUGGAAGGCAUCAGUUCCUCAUGGAUUUUCUAUCUAAAUUGCAGGGCAAGUAAGUUUGCUAAGAAAUGAUUUCCACUGUAUUAUACCUCAAGCUGAAAUAGGUUACUAAUGUUAAACAAUCUGUAUAUAUGCAAAGACAUAGUGCGCAUGGUUUACGAACAAAAUGGAAUAUCAAACCAUCUUAUUAAUGUCUGUUUUUCUGUAUUAAACUUUAUAGAAUUUUAAAAUGUACUUUAAGCUCAAAUUGACUAUUAAUAAGCGAAGUUUAAAGCCCUAAGAAUUACUUAAGAAGUUUAUAAUUUAAAAACAGGCCUCUUGUUGGUCAUCUCGAUAUACACUUUUUUUUUUGGUUAACAAGAUCAAGUGUUUUCCACCUAGUUUAGAACCUGUACAUAUGAGAAAAUUAAAUGUUUGAAAAGAAAA